CAGGACCGGGAAGUGUCCCGGGACGACCUUUCGAGGCGUGGGUGUGCACUCCACCGGAGCCGGGGUCACCCCCCCCGCCCCCCACCAACCACACGCGCUCCGCCCCCACGCCGCGCCCGAGCUGACGGAUCAGGUGACCACGGGCUGGCGCGGUCACGUGGCUGGGGCGCGCCCUCCCGUUGUGGCCAUGGCGGCCGCAGGCUCCAGUGUGGCGAGGCGAGUGGAGCAGCUCGGAGACCUGGCUCAGGCCCACAUACAGCAGCUCAGCGAGGCGGCCGGCGAGGACGAUCACUUUCUAAUUCGGGCCUCUGCAGCUCUAGAAAAAUUGAAACUCUUGUGUGAAGACAAAGACUGUUCAAAUCCAUCAAAUCUUCUCGAACUUUACACACAGGCUAUUUUGGACAUGACGUACUUUGAGGAGAACAAGCUGGUAGACGAAGAUUUCCCUGAAGACUCUUCAGAGAAAGUAAAAGAGCUGAUCACUUUCCUUUCAGAACCAGAAAUUUUAGUUAAAGAAAAUGACAGGAACCCUGAACGCGGCCGCCUGCUUGGGGACGAGCUCCUGGAGUGCCUCUCGUGGCGGCGAGGAGCCCUGCUUUACAUGUAUUGCCAUUCUCUGACCAAAAGGCGCGAGUGGCUCACGAGGAAAUCGAGCUUGCUUAAAGAGUACCUUGUUGAUGGAAUCAAUUACUUGCUACAGAUGCUAAAUUAUCGGUGCCCUACCCAAUUAAAUGAAGGAGUUUCUUUCCAAGACCUAGACACAGCUAAGUUACUCAGUGAAGGAGUGUUCAGUGACAUCCACGUGCUGGCUAUGAUGUACAGUGGAGAGAUGUGUUGCUGGGGGCUGAAGUACUGUGCGGGCCCCCAGCCAGGAAACCAGGAGGUGGGUACCGGUGUUUCCGGAGCAAGCCACGCCGCACACCACAAGGAACCCCUGGAUUUCCGAGAAGUGGGAGAGAAGAUUCUGAAGAAGUAUGUAUCCGUGUGCGAAGGACCCCUGAAGAAACAAGAAUGGAAUACAACAAAUGCAAAACAAAUUUUAAACUUCUUUCAGCAUCGCUCUAACCAGUAAGUUUGCCUAGUCUUUUUCAAACAAAAACAAAAAAAGACCCAUGAAAUGGAAAUGUUCCGGGAAAGAAGGUGCAUUGACACUGAACUUAAAAGAAUGUCACACUACAUAAAGGUGUCCGGCGUGGUUACCCUUUUGAAAUGCCACCACCAUGCUUCCUUAUAGAUUCUUAAACCCAUGAAGGGACAGUUCUUUCAUUUCUAAAGUGGCAUGUAUGUUACUUUAACUCAGCCUGAACUACAGGCGUCCUCUGACUAAUGCUAAAGAGGAACCCAGUUCACCUUUACAAAGAUUUUUUUCUGUUACUUCAGGUUUUUUUUGUUUUUAAUUGUGGGAAACUGUAACAAAAUUGACCAUUUUCACUGUCUUUAGAUUAUUUUUCUAUCUCUGUACCAUGAAGCCUGCUAUGCUUCAAAGGGUUAAAAUCAAGUAACCUCAUUGCUUUAGAUAUAUGCUACAGAUACCAACAUUGGCAAAAUCAUGACAAAUGUUCAGAUUCCAUUUCCAGAAUAAGAUAGAUAAUGAACAACUUGCCCUGGCUGUUGUGGCUCAGUGGAUUGAGCGCAGGCCUGUGAACCAAAGGGUCACCGGUUCGAUCCCCAGUCAGGGCACGUGCCUGGGUUGCAGGCCAGGUCCCCAGUGGGGGACUCGUG